CCCGCGCGGGGUGGGCCGGGCGGCCCCGUGGCGGGGCAGGGGCGGAGCCGCGUCAUGGCCGCCGGGCGGCUUCCGCCGGCCGCCCUCACCCUCAAGCAGUUCCUGAGGCGGCAGCAGGUCCUUCAGUUGUACCGCAAGAUCCUGCGGGCUAUCCGGGAGGUCCCUGCCGAGCAGGAUCGCCGCUACUUAAAGGACUGGGCCAGGGAGGAAUUCAAGAGAAAUAAGGAUGCUACAGAAGAGGAUGCAAUCAGGAUGAUGAUUACUCAAGGCAACAUGCAACUUCAGGAACUUCAGAGAACACUUAAGCUGGCAAAAUCCUGAUCUUCAUUUUUGUUGACAGUUUAAUUUUUAUCUAUUGCAAAUAGGCUCAGUGUUUUUCCCAGAAUGUGGUUACAAUGGCAGUCUUUGCUGGCAACCUGGUAAUGCUUGAAGGAGGAAUCUACUACAGUGGGGGGUUUUGUUUUUUCCCCUUCCCCAAUCCAUUUCUCAGUUUUGCUACCCUCAGAAGUGGAAAUCACUUGGACACAAAGGACAUUAAAAAACUGCAUGGAUGAUGUAAUAUGUGCUGCAGGAAAAGCAGAAAGCACCAAAAAUUGCAGUUAAACAGCUGUGUUAAUGCCAGUGCAAUGGAAAAUAAAUAUAUGCCAUAUUA